AGUGGCCGAGGCACCAGGCAUCGCUCACAGAGGACCUGGGCAAAGGGACAGUGCAGCCACCACCUUCUGCUCCUGCUCUGCUGGGGACAAGCUGCCCCUCGGAGGACGUGUCGCCAUGACAGCAAAGCAGACUCAGUCUCUGCAGAAUGGAAGUGCCAAGGAGAACGUGCUGCAGAGGGUCCUGCAGCUCCCGGUGGUGAGCUCGACCUGCGAAAGCCUCCAGCGGACCUACACCAGCACCAAGGAAGCCCACCCGCUCAUGGCCUCAGUGUGCGAGGUCUAUGAGCGGGGGGUGCAGGGUGCUGGUGCCUUGGCCAUGUGGAGCGUGGAGCCUGUGGUGCGGAGGCUGGAGCCCCAGUUUGCCGUGGCUAACAACCUGGCAUGCCGGGGCUUAGACCACCUGGAGGAGAAGAUCCCUGCCCUCCAGUACCCUGUCGACAAGCUCGCGUCCGAACUGAAGGACACCAUCUCCUCCCCCCUCCAAAGUGCCAAAAGCACCAUUGGCAACUCCGUGGAUAAGAUCAAGGAGCUGGCGGCGGAAGGCUACGAAGCCACCAAGAGCACCGUGGAAACAACAGCAAAGUACACGAGGAGGAACUCGGUGAGCCAGAUGGCAGCUGCGGGGGUCGACACAGCCCUGGGAGGGCUGGAGAAGCUGGUGGAGUACCUGCUGCCGGAGGAGGAUGAAGAAGCAGAUCAGAAGCCCAAAGAGAAGCGUGGGUCAGCAGCCAAGGUCUCCCAGCAGCAGCCCAGUGCUCCCAGCACCCUGGACCGCAUAAGUACCCUGGUUAGCACUGCUUCCCACCGCGCUUACCAGCAAACCACCCACGGCCUCCAGCGUGCCAAAGCCAAAGGGCAGGAGCUGGCCAUCUUGAUCCCCAUCGUGGGCAGCCUGGCCAAGCCAAGCAUGCCCGAGGCGCCGCGGGGCCACGGUGAUGGGGAGAGCACCAGGGCCGGCUGGAUGAGCCAGCGGCAGAGCAAGGUGCAGGAGCAGAAGCAGGAGAAGGUGGGGAAGAAAGAUGACAACCACUCGAAGGAGGCAGAGGACAGCCCCGGACUGGUGGGCAGUGUGGCUCAUAACCUGCAAAGCGCCUGCGCCUCUGGCAUCUCCAGUGUGAAGAAGGUCCCGGCUGUGGCCUGGGAUGCAGCAGAGGGGUUGAUCCUCUUCACCCCCCGCAGACUGUCCAAGGCCAUGGAGACAGUGGAUGCCCUUGGGGGCACCCUUGUCAGUGCCCCCAAGCAUCUCCUGGGCACCCUGUACAGCUACGUGCCGCUCCGCAGGCAGUCGGUGAAGGAAGAGGAGGCAGCCAGUAGCAGCAAACCCAGCCCGGAGACGGAGCAGAAGGAGGAGGACACCAAGCCUGACAGCCCCUCCACCGAGGACAAAUCCCAGCUGAGGGGUGACUGGCGGAUGUACCGCGGCCAUCAUCCCCUCUCCUUCCUGGGGCUCGAGGACCCCCUUUUCCUGCGGCACAACCUCUACCGCAGCUCAGCCUUCGAGCCCGAGUGCCCCCUCCCGCGGAAAUCCGCCUUCACCCCCUACAACAGGCGGGUGAGUGAGGGCUCCUACCGUUUCAGCCCGGAGGCCAUGUACAGCCGGGCUUACUACACCAACCUCUACAGCCCGGCCUUCAAGAAGGACUGAGCCACGAGGAGGAUGAGCACAUCCCAGCUCCCCUCUAAGCGCCCCCAGCACGCUUCGCUCGGGCCCCCACCAGCUGCCCACACGCACCCCUGUACCAGGACAGGAGCUCAAAGUGGUAGACGUGCCAUGGGAUGUCUUCUUCUGAAGCGCGUCGGGGCCAGGAUGGUGGAAUAAAGGCAGCCAAAAACCCUGUUGGUGGAAGGAGAAGGUAGAGGGAGGUGGGACCAGAAGUGACCAGAGAGGCAAAGGAGAUGUGGAAAGAAUGGUGAGACCAGAGAAAAGAAAAAGGGACCAACCAGGCCUGGUACUAGGCUAUACUGGUCCCUCUUGAACAGAUAGCCUGGACUUAGAUGGGCUUCGUGCUGAGAACAGUGCUGAGACACAGAAGGGAGAACAGCAAAGCCACCAGACAUCACCACAGCAAGCCUGGUUCCCCACCCUUCCUCUUUCUGUCCCUCCUCGCAAGGCCCAUCCCUGGCCACAGAUUGAUCCCCUGUGGACAAGCUGAAGGUCCCCAUCGAGCAGCAGCACUCACAAGUUGGAAAGCCCUGGGCACCCACCUCCAGCUCAUGGUGGGAUGGGUGGUGGGGUCAAGAAGAAAAACGGUGAGAACAAGUGGAGCUCCUGGAGGCCCUCUCUCCCACAGAACAGCCUGGCUUCCCGCAGCACCUUGUUGUAACUGCUGUAAUAAUAAAUAAACUUUCCCAACCUGCCA